CCGAGCGCGGCAGAGGAGUCGAGCGCAGUGCCGCGCGCACAGCAUCCUGCGCCUCGGCGCGGGGCCCUGCGGUAGCCUCGGCCCCUCCCGUGGCCCUGCUGCAGACCCAGUGCAGAACCCAGAAACUGCAGCCAUGACCACUCACGUGACCCUGGAAGAUGCCCUGUCUAACGUGGACCUGCUGGAGGAGCUGCCGCUCCCUGACCAGCAGCCAUGCAUCGAGCCUCCACCAUCCUCCAUCAUGUACCAGGCUAACUUUGACACGAACUUCGAGGACAGGAAUGCGUUUGUCACGGGCAUUGCACGGUACAUCGAGCAGGCGACCGUCCACUCCAGCAUGAAUGAGAUGCUGGAAGAGGGACAUGAGUAUGCCGUCAUGCUGUACACCUGGCGCAGCUGCUCCCGGGCCAUUCCCCAGGUGAAAUGCAACGAGCAGCCCAACCGAGUGGAGAUCUAUGAGAAGACUGUGGAGGUGCUGGAGCCUGAGGUCACCAAGCUCAUGAAGUUCAUGUACUUCCAGCGUAAGGCCAUCGAGAGGUUCUGCAGUGAGGUGAAGCGGCUGUGCCAUGCCGAGCGGCGGAAGGACUUCGUCUCAGAGGCCUACCUCCUGACGCUGGGCAAGUUCAUCAACAUGUUCGCCGUCUUGGACGAGCUGAAGAAUAUGAAGUGCAGUGUCAAGAACGACCACUCUGCCUACAAGAGGGCAGCCCAGUUCCUCCGGAAGAUGGCAGACCCCCAGUCCAUCCAGGAGUCACAGAACCUUUCCAUGUUCCUGGCCAACCACAACCGGAUCACCCAGUGUCUCCACCAGCAACUGGAAGUGAUCCCAGGCUAUGAGGAGCUGCUGGCUGACAUCGUCAACAUCUGCGUGGAUUACUACGAGAACAAGAUGUACUUGACCCCCAGUGAGAAACACAUGCUCCUCAAGGUGAUGGGCUUUGGCCUCUACCUGAUGGAUGGAAAUGUCAGUAACAUUUACAAACUGGAUGCCAAGAAGAGAAUCAACCUUAGCAAAAUUGAUAAAUUCUUUAAGCAGCUGCAGGUGGUGCCUCUUUUCGGCGACAUGCAGAUAGAGCUGGCCAGAUACAUUAAGACCAGUGCUCACUAUGAAGAGAACAAGUCCAAGUGGACGUGCACACAGAGCAGCAUCAGCCCCCAGUACAACAUCUGCGAGCAGAUGGUUCAGAUCCGGGACGACCACAUCCGCUUCAUCUCCGAGCUUGCUCGCUACAGCAACAGUGAGGUGGUGACGGGGUCCGGACUGGACAGCCAGAAGUCGGAUGAGGAGUACCGUGAGCUGUUUGACCUGGCACUUCGGGGCCUGCAGCUCCUGUCCAAGUGGAGUGCCCAUGUCAUGGAGGUGUAUUCUUGGAAGCUGGUUCACCCCACAGACAAGUUCUGCAACAAGGACUGUCCUGGCACGGCAGAGGAGUAUGAGCGAGCUACACGCUACAACUACACCAGCGAAGAGAAGUUUGCCUUCGUGGAGGUGAUUGCCAUGAUCAAGGGCCUGCAGGUGCUCAUGGGCAGGAUGGAGAGCGUCUUCAACCAAGCCAUCCGGAAUACCAUCUACGCAGCCCUGCAGGACUUUGCCCAGGUGACCCUACGUGAGCCCCUGAGGCAGGCAGUGCGCAAGAAGAAGAACGUCCUCAUCAGUGUCCUGCAGGCCAUUCGGAAGACCAUCUGUGACUGGGAGGGGGGCCGGGAGCCCCCCAAUGACCCGUGCCUGAGAGGGGAGAAGGACCCCAAAGGUGGCUUUGACAUCAAGGUGCCCCGGCGUGCCGUGGGUCCAUCCAGCACACAGGCCUGCCAGUGGUCCCCGAGGGCUUUGUUUCACCCCACUGGUGGCACACAGGGCCGAAGAGGCUGCCGAUCCCUGCUCUACAUGGUGCGCACCAUGCUUGAAUCACUCAUCGCAGACAAAAGUGGCUCCAAGAAGACCCUGAGAAGCAGCCUGGAUGGACCCAUCGUCCUUGCCAUCGAGGACUUCCACAAGCAAUCUUUCUUCUUCACGCAUCUGCUCAACAUCAGUGAAGCCCUGCAGCAGUGUUGCGAUCUCUCUCAGCUCUGGUUCCGAGAAUUCUUCCUGGAGUUAACUAUGGGCCGUCGAAUCCAGUUUCCCAUUGAGAUGUCCAUGCCCUGGAUUCUAACAGACCAUAUCCUGGAAACCAAAGAGCCUUCCAUGAUGGAGUACGUCCUCUACCCCUUGGAUCUGUACAACGACAGCGCCUACUACGCUCUCACCAAGUUUAAGAAGCAGUUCCUGUAUGAUGAGAUCGAAGCUGAGGUGAACCUGUGUUUUGAUCAGUUUGUCUACAAGCUGGCGGACCAGAUCUUCGCUUACUACAAAGCUAUGGCCGGCAGUGUCCUGUUGGAUAAACGUUUUCGAGCCGAAUGUAAGAAUUACGGAGUCAUCAUUCCAUACCCACCAUCCAACCGCUAUGAAACACUGCUGAAGCAGAGGCAUGUCCAGCUGCUGGGUAGAUCCAUUGACUUGAACAGACUCAUUACCCAGCGCAUCUCGGCUGCCAUGUAUAAAUCCCUGGACCAGGCCAUCAGCCGCUUUGAGAGUGAAGACCUGACUUCCAUUGUGGAGCUUGAGUGGCUGCUGGAGAUCAACCGGCUCACACACCGGCUGCUCUGUAAGCACAUGACACUGGACAGCUUCGACGCCAUGUUCCGGGAAGCCAAUCACAAUGUGUCAGCCCCCUAUGGCCGCAUCACCCUGCAUGUCUUCUGGGAGCUGAACUUUGACUUCCUCCCCAACUACUGCUACAAUGGCUCCACAAACCGUUUUGUCCGAACUGCCAUUCCUUUCACCCAAGAACCACAACGAGAUAAACCUGCCAACGUCCAGCCUUAUUAUCUGUAUGGCUCCAAGCCUCUCAACAUCGCCUACAGUCACAUCUACAGCUCCUACAGGAACUUCGUGGGACCCCCACACUUCAAGACUAUCUGCAGACUUCUGGGUUAUCAGGGCAUUGCUGUGGUCAUGGAGGAACUACUGAAAAUUGUCAAGAGCUUGCUCCAGGGAACCAUUCUGCAGUACGUGAAAACACUGAUAGAGGUGAUGCCCAAGAUCUGUCGCUUGCCCCGGCAUGAGUACGGCUCCCCAGGGAUCCUGGAAUUCUUCCACCACCAGCUGAAGGACAUCAUCGAAUACGCAGAACUCAAAACAGAUGUGUUCCAGAGCCUGCGGGAGGUGGGCAAUGCCAUCCUCUUCUGCCUCCUCAUAGAGCAAGCUUUGUCUCAGGAGGAAGUGUGUGAUCUGCUCCAUGCUGCACCCUUCCAAAACAUCCUGCCUCGAGUCUACAUCAAAGAGGGGGAGCGCCUGGAAGUCCGGAUGAAGCGCCUUGAAGCCAAGUACGCCCCGCUGCACCUGGUGCCCCUGAUAGAGCGACUGGGAACCCCUCAGCAAAUCGCCAUCGCUCGGGAAGGUGACCUGCUGACCAAGGAGCGGCUGUGCUGUGGCCUGUCCAUGUUUGAGGUCAUCCUGACCCGCAUCCGGAGCUACCUGCAGGACCCCAUCUGGCGGGGCCCGCCGCCCACCAACGGCGUCAUGCACGUGGACGAGUGUGUGGAGUUCCACCGGCUGUGGAGCGCCAUGCAGUUCGUCUACUGCAUCCCUGUGGGCACCAACGAGUUCACAGCUGAGCAGUGUUUCGGCGAUGGUUUGAACUGGGCUGGCUGUUCCAUCAUUGUUCUGUUGGGCCAGCAGCGUCGCUUUGACCUGUUCGACUUCUGUUACCACCUGCUGAAAGUGCAGAGGCAGGACGGGAAGGACGAGAUUAUCAAGAACGUGCCCCUGAAGAAGAUGGCUGACCGGAUCAGGAAAUACCAGAUCUUGAACAAUGAGGUUUUUGCCAUUCUGAACAAAUACAUGAAAUCUGUGGAGACAGACAGUUCCACCGUGGAGCAUGUGCGCUGCUUCCAGCCACCCAUCCACCAGUCCCUGGCCACCACCUGCUAGGAAGAGGUCCCACGGACCCUCAACCUGGAGGUGGAGAACAAGAAAGAAAAAGCAACAGUCAGCCUGCAGCAGGUCCCACCAGACAGUGUGUGGGAUGGACCAGGAAGCAAAUAAGAACCUCCCCAAACACACCUGCACCACUCCCAAGGGCUGGGCUUGUGCAUGCUCUCCCAUGCCAUCUCCAUGGUGGUCUUUCCAUAGUGUAAAUGAAAACAAAAACAGGGCAGUAUGUGCUUCUUUUUUCUGUUUCUCUCAGCCAUAUUCAAAAGCUCCCAGUUUCACCCUUUCUCAUCCCACAGCUCCCCAUCCAUGGUUGCUUCCCAAGACCUCUUCUCAAGAUGCCAACCUCCCAUCCAAUGCCCACCCAUGACCCCAGGGGUGAAGUCCUAGACACUGAGAAAAGAGUGUGGCCAUGGCAGAGAUGUCAGCCUGGCCUCAUCUUGCUGGCUUCCGUUAUCUCCUGCUGUGGAUGAUAGAAAUAUCACCUCUACCACCAAGAGUAUGUGUGGACCAGAAACUGAGAGGCAUGGUGAACCAGGAAGCAAUUCCUGGUUCAGCAUGGCAAUAGGUGAUGUUGGCUCUGGUCUUCCUUAGGCUUCCCAUGAAUAACUCCCCAUCUCAGAACAUUCCUAGAGAAGUCAGAAAUGCUUUUACAGCUGUAUCCCACUGAAUGGAAUUGGGUUAGGAAGACAGUCAGGCCAGCUAUGUGGAAGCAGCGUCUGUGAACUCAGCCAGGAAUUCGACAGCCUCAAAUGGAAAGGUGUUGAACAAUCUCAUCAGCUUAAAUGCUUAGCCCUGGGCCACACAGGGCAAUGGACAUUGAGGGUGCAGCAUUGAACAAGGUGGUCAUGGAGCUCCCACAGCCUCGGCCAGCUCCCACAGCUUGGCACAGAAUCUCUCAAGGAACACUGCCACAGGAAAGAAAGUAUGGGGCUAUUUCAACAGGGCCGAAAACAUCUUGGGGACAAGGAGGUGAGGAGUAAAAAUACAGUGACUCAACUUUCAUUGUACAUUUUGCUCUCCGCUUCCUGUUCUUGUAAUGCUCAAGUUAGAUUUUGGGGUAUAGACUGGCUCACAGAGGUAUAUUUACUUCCAUUUGUUUCACUGAACCAAAAUUCCUCUGCAAAUCUCAGCUGCCAAAUGUGGUGAGAUCUUUAGGAAAAGUACCCUUCAAGAUGCUCAUCAGAGUGUAUCGUUUUCAAAGGAGUCUGUGGCCCUGAGCUUCAAAGAACAUGUUUGUUUUUUGGGUUUUUUUUUGGUAGCGGGGAUCGAACUCGGGUCCUUGCACUUGCACAGCAGGUGGUGAAACCACUGAGCUAAAUCCUCGGCCCGAACAUACUAAGUAGAAUAUUUAAUGCAUCUCGCCCAGGGAGGAAAGGAAAAGAGCAAAAAAAUGGAAAGAAUAGUAGUGACCACUCCCCUAGGAAAGAUGAAUUGUAACAGUUACCAUUAAACAGUUGGUUCGUACUUAACCAUAAGGGAUGAACAAAGGAAAUGUCCAGAAUUUUGUGAUACACUCAAGUAUGGCCCUAAGGCCACCUAAGUCAGAGCUUCUUGAGAUAAGCAUAUUUGUGUAUAGAUUUUUGGGCUCUACCUCAAACCUACUAGUUCUAAAUCUCUGGGAGUAGGGCUACAAAAAUCUGCAUUUUCCACAAGCUCUUCAAGUUAUUCUAUUGUGCAUCCAAAUUUGAGAACCAAUGCUAUAGAGAAGUCAUUCUGCUAACCUUGGGUCUUGAGCUACCUCUCAGCCAUGAAAGAAAAUAUUUGUAUUUUAGGAAGAUGGCUCAGAAUGGAAGCUGGCGGGUCCUCCUGCCUCACACUGCCACCACUUCUGAUUUUUUCUUCUGAAUGGCUGUGGAUGAAUCCCAAAGGUAGCAGAGAGAUUAUACCACAUGGCAAAAUGAUGCGAUAGAACAUGCCAUCAAAACCCACGUGAGAUCUCUAAGCUCCAGGACCUUCUGAAUCUCCAGUUCUGUCUGGAAACCAUAGCUGGCUCUCUUUCAGGUAGAUGACUAGCUUUUAAGUUCUGUAUUUCAUUCCAAAUCUUUGACCACUGCUUUGUAGAGAUGGGGACCAUCCAGUUAAUGAGCUGCUGUUUCAACAGUUCAUCCCUCCCACCAUGCAUUCCUGACCCCGAAGUUGACCCUCUGGGAAAAAUCACAUUAUCCUCAAGUGAUUUGAGCCCAGUAAAUUGAGGUUUUUCACUUUCAAGGGAGAUUUCCAUUUCCUCAGCUCAUCAGCAGCACUUAUUUAUGAAAACUGGACGAGUUUAAUUCUUCUCUAGUAUUGUUACUGACCCACUUUUGAUUUUUUAUGUCUAAGAAAAAAAGCUUAGAUUUUAAAAAUUUAAAAAUUCUGUUUGAGAAACUGUUAAUGUACCAUAUUUGUAUUAAGAGUUGUUGGGGAUUUUUGUACAAUGAAUUUACAUUUAUUUAUGGUGACAUAUUUACGCUUGUGAUCAAAUAAGGAUGUUAAAUUCUGCUAUGCAGCUGAAGAUAUUUUGAUUUGUAUUUUGGGGGAUACCUGUGUUGAGUUAAACAUUUUCAUCUCCAUUAAAACUGCUUCCAAACUAGUUA